UUCCCCAUAACUACGAAACAUAGAGCGGAGAAAGACGGAACAUUCACCACCAUCAGUUCAUUAUCUUUCAAAGCCAGUCAUUGGGAAAACGGAAAGACUAUUUACUGUUACGCAGAAAACGAAGUGAUGAAGAAAAAUGGUGAACAAGAACUUCAUUCGAGCUUGAUUCUGGAUGUUCGAUAUCCUCCUGUUAUCACUGUCAAGCCGCUGAAGGCUACAAUCAAUGAGUCUACAUAUAUGAACGUCACCAGUGUAUUUCUUCAGUGUGUCUAUUUUGCUAAUCCUCAGGAGCUGAAGUCAGCACAAUGGAUAAAAGAUGGGAGGAACCUCGACCUCAGUGAUACAAGUAAAUACGUAGGGGGUACAACAACUAAUCCUCCUUUGUAUAUCAACAACGUAACACGUGAAGAUAUGGGAGAGUACAGCUGUUCUCUAGGAAAUGACAUUGGUACCGAAAUAUCCGAAGAUAGUAUAUUCCUAAGCGUUUUAUAUGCACCUGAUGUGGAAGUUAUAAUUUCUCCUUCGACGCCUGUUAAAUCAGUGGAUAAGAGUACCGUCACUCUAAUAUGUAACGUGACUUCAGGGAAUCCAUCUGUGCUACAAAAGGUGAGAUGGUCCUUAGACGGAGAUAUCAUGAAAGAGUUACCCGAAUGCAACUACACUAACAGCGAUGUCAAUGGCACAACAGAAUCAAAUGGUGGUCCUUUCUGUAGUUUGGAUCCCAGCAUUAUGAGUUUACAGAAGGUGGACGAGACUUUCGCAGGCAGAUACACCUGUCAAGGGUACACUGUAGCUGGAUGGGGUCCUGUUUCUGAGCCCGAGGAGCUGGUUGUUUAUUAUCCUCCUAAUGCUACAAGCCUGCGUUUUUUCCCUUCAAAAGUGAUCAAAGGUGCAUCGGUGACACUGGAAUGUUCUGUUGAAGAUCCUGGCAGGCCAGACAAUGUCACUUACAUGUGGUUUAGAGGAUCUCACCAAAUGACUGAGAUAACAACACCGAACUAUACCAUCACUAGCGUGAGAUUACAGUCAAGAAGUAAUUUCACUUGUAUAGCGGUGAACGAAGGUGGAAGAAGUGCACCAUCCACAGUCUUUGUCAACGUUUUUGCUCCACCCACUUUUUAUAAUUCCCUCAGCACCUACCAUGGGGUACUUUACUCCUCCAAGCAUAUCAACCUAACGUGCAUAGUGGAAUGUUAUCCGGAAUGUUCCAUAGUGUGGCAUAAGGACGGAGUGAAAUUGGAUAUCGCCCACAAUCCGCUGUAUUACGUUGAAACGCACUUUUUGCCUCCGAAUCUACAGAAAAACGAUUUCGAAUCGAUAAACUCGACUUUGAUUUGGAAUAUGACUGCAUGGCCUGGAGGAAGUUUGAACAAAUCUGCUCCAAACUCCAUAUACACUUGCCAAGCUACAUCAAAUAAGAUUGGUCCGGGUAUCAGCAAAGAUUUUGAAGUAGCAGUUGAUUAUCCACCCGAGGAUAUCAUCGUAUCUCCCAAAAUAGUGAACGUUGUAGAAAAUCAGGCUCCCAGUCCUAUAAAGUGCCAUGGAAGCGGUCGCCCAAUACUGUCUUAUAUGUGGAAAAAAAAUUAUACUUCAGAUCCUAUUGCUCGAACUGAAGAUUUGGGAGAUGCUCCCGAAUGUUCCAUAACUACUGUUGACAGGGAUGGCAAUCCAUCUCUGGUAUGUACAGCACAAGCCAAUCCUUCAGACGUGAGCUUUGUCUGGAGAGUACGAGAACUAAACGAAACGUUUAUCGAAACUAACAACAUCAUACAAGAGGGUCUGAAAAGUUUUCUGUUGCUCGAUUCCAGUGUGGACAACUUCAGGACAUAUCUUUGCUAUGCCAACAACUCCAUAGGCGUUGGAGUCCCAUGUGAAAGGGAUGUCGCAG